UCACCUAUCUCAUAGUCACGCCCCAGCAGGCUAGGCUGGGUUUCCUCCCAUAUUGGUCUUGGGGUUCCAAAGGACAAUACAAGAGGACAAACUCCAGUGCAUAAGAACUUCUCAAGCCUCUCUCUGUGUCACAUUUGCUAUCAUCUCAAUGUCCAAAGCAAGUCAUGUGGCCAAGCCCAGAGUCAAUAUGGAAAGGAACAAUACGAGAACAUGGGUACGGUGGUAACUGAAACUACCCACCGCCAUCACUCAUCCUUCUCCCCUUUUCCUGUCCCCCACUAGGAUGACGCUGUACGUGGGGAAGGAUGAAGCUGGCUUCUAUGUUUCCAAAGCACUGGUUCACACAGGGGUGGCCCUAGUGCCUCGUGGACUGACCCUGGCCUCCAUGGAUGGCCCCACCACAGAUGAGGUGACACUCCAAGUCUCAGGAGAGCGUGAGGGCUCACCUAGCACAGCUGUCAGAUACCCCUCAGGCAGUGUGGCCCUCCCUAGCCAGUGGCUGCUCAUUGGACACCAUGAGCCACCCCCAGUCCUACACACCACCAUGCUGAGAGUCCAUCCUACCCCAGGGAGUGGGACUCCUGAGACCAGACCUUCAGCGAGUAUGCAGCCCCCAGCUCUCUUUACGGAGGUCAGUCUCCUGAGCCAGGACCAACCUUGGGCCCUGGAGCCACAUCCUGAAGAGAAAGCCCCAGACUUGUAUCCAGGGCUGGGACCCCAAGACCUGUUGGCAGCCAGCCUCACAGCCGUCUUCCUGGGAGGGUGGAUUCUCUUUUUGAUGAGACAGCAGCAGCAGCAGCUGGCAGAGAAGCAGCAGCAGGCCCCCCUGAAACCUGCACACCCUCCUCUCAACUCACAGAAUGUUCCGUCCCAGCCCUCGGGGGUCACCCCGCAGGACAAGAAGAGGCUGCAAAGCCCCUCGGAACCAACCGAAGACCCCGAAGCCGAGCAGCUCACUGUGGUCGGCAAGAUUUCCUUCAACCCCAGGGACGUGCUGGGCCGCGGGGCAGGGGGCACCUUCGUUUUCCGAGGACAGUUUGAGGGGCGGGCAGUGGCUGUCAAGCGGCUCCUCCGUGAAUGCUUCAGCCUGGUUCGGCGGGAGGUCGAGCUGCUGCAAGAGUCGGACCGGCACCCCAACGUGCUCCGCUACUUCUGUACCGAGCGGGGACCCCAGUUCCACUACAUCGCCCUGGAGCUCUGCCGGGCCUCCUUGCAGGAGUACGUGGAAAACCCAGAGCUGGACCGCUGGGGCCUGGAGCCCGUGACGGCGCUGCAGCAGCUCACAUCCGGCCUGGCGCACCUGCAUUCCCUGCACAUAGUGCACCGGGACCUGAAGCCCGCCAACAUCCUCAUCUCGGGGCCCGACAGCCAGGGCCAAGGCAGGGUGGUCCUCUCCGACUUCGGCCUCUGCAAGAAGCUGCCAGCCGGUCACUGCAGCUUCAGCCUGCACUCGGGCGUCCCCGGCACGGAGGGCUGGAUGGCACCCGAGCUCCUGCAGCUGCAGCCCCCAGAGAGCCCUACGAGCGCAGUGGACGUCUUCUCCGCAGGCUGCGUGUUCUACUACGUGCUCUCCGGAGGCGGCCACCCCUUCGGAGAGAGUCUGUAUCGCCAGGCCAACAUCCUUGCAGGGGCUCCCCGUCUGGCCCACCUGGAGGAAGAGGCCCAUGGUGAGGGGACCUGGCCCGGCAGACAUGGGGGAAGCCAGGCACGAGGCCGGGCGGGCCUGAAGCCACCCCCUUUCCCUCCAGACCAGGUGGUGGCCCGGAGCCUGGUUGAGGCCAUGCUGAGCCCGCUGCCACAGGCGCGCCCCUCUGCCCCCCAGAUGCUGGCCCACCCCUUCUUCUGGAGCAGAGCCAAGCAGCUCCAGUUCUUCCAGGAUGUCAGCGACUGGCUGGAGAAGGAGCCCGAGCAGGCGCCCCUGGUGGUGGCACUGGAGGCGGGGGGCUCUGCGGUGGUCCGUGGUGACUGGCACAAGCACAUCUCAGCGCCACUGCAGACAGACCUGAGGAGGUUCCGGACCUAUCAGGGGACAUCUGUGCGAGACCUACUGCGUGCCGUGAGGAACAAGAGGCACCACUACAGGGAGCUCCCGGCUGAGCUGCGGCAGGCGCUGGGCCACGUCCCCGACGGCUUCAUCCAGUACUUCACCGCCCGCUUCCCGAGGCUGCUGCUCCACACGCACCAGGCCAUGAGCAGCUGUGCCUCCGAGAGCCUCUUCCGGCCCUACUACCCGCCAGCCGCGGGGGCCGGGGGGCCGAGCCUGGGGGCUGCUGGGAGCUGAGGCCGGCCUCA